AUGGAUUUGCGAAGGAAGAGCGACGCCAAGAAGUGGCUGCAUGUUAUGUAUUCCCUCAUCAUAAAUAGGUACUUGAGUCGUACCGACCAGCGCGAAGGCAAAGACAAGCAGCAUCAGAUGGAUACCAACGAUCAUUUUGAUAUUGAGCAAUAUCUUGCUGGAAGCAUUUAG